AGCUGGAGCUAAUGGCUUUUCCAGGCAGAAGCCAGGCCAGGUAGACUGUAGCCAGUCCCAGAAGGCUCUCUGCUUCAAAGUCAACAACUACCUAGGUCCAGAGGCCCAGGGACAACACCUACCUUCUGUAGCCUCAUCAAUGGAUGCGGUAUCCCUGGGGGCAGGGGGUAGAGGCUGCAAUAUCAGAGGACAGACAUCCAGCAAAGUGAUAUGAAGCAGUACGGAGGCUUCAGGGAGGUAACUCAUGAAGAGAUUGAAGGGGAAGAGAGUUACUGAGGGAACAGCCUAUCUAAAGAAGAGGCAGUCAGAGCAGUGAGAGACAAGGCCAGCAGGAUCAAGGACAGGAAGUGGGAGGAGGAGUGGUUGCCAGAGCUGCAGCCGGACAGACCACGCUCUCAUCUGGAUACUCCGACGUGGGAUUCCACUGGUGGAAGACCCAGAACCCUGAGUGAGGACAGUGCCAGUGGACAGAACGGCCUGCGCCAGAAUGAAGGCACUCAGGGUUGUCCUCCUGGUCUUGCUGAUAAGUGGACAGUCAGCAGGGAGCAGGUGGGCACAAGAAGAAGAUGGCGAUGCGGACUCGGGCUCAGAGAGCUAUGGCUACGAUGACGACUACGAAGAGGAGGAAGAAGAGGAGACCAACAUGAUCCCGGGAAGCAGGGACAGAGAACCCCUGCAGUGCUACUUCUGCCAGUCGCUACAUAGUGGAGAGAGCUGCAACCAGACACUGAGCUGCGACCACAGCCACACCUUCUGCACCACUUUAGUCUCCCAUGGCAACAGUGCCCUAGGCAACGGUCUCCUGACCACCUAUUCCAUGUGGUGCACCGAUGCCUGCAGACCCUUCACCAAGACGGUGUCAGGCACCCAGGUGAUCCAGACCUGUUGCCAGUCCAAACUGUGCAAUAUUCCACCCUGGCAGAGCCCCCAAGUCCAGGGCUCUCCGGGUAGCCAGGCAGGCAGCCCCAUGGAUGAUGGAAUCAGAAAUCCUCAAGGUGACAGGGUUGCCCCUCCCCCGGUUGUCAAGGUUCCCCCUCCUCAGAGUGGUGGGGCUAGCUCGACCAAGGGUGGCAGGGACGAUCAGCCCCGGGGCAGUGGGGCAGGAUGCCCUCCUGGCUGGCCCAAAUUUGGUAAUACAGUCCUCCUGCUCAGCCUUCUCACUAGCCUACGGGCAUGAGGAGCUGAAGACUACCCUCCUCCUACCAGGAUACCCUGACUCCUCCCUCACAACCAGCUUCAGAGAAUAAAAUUAAAUUUCUUUGGCAAUCCA